AAUAAAUUAUUAGGCAGAAUAAUUUACAUUUAUUCAAGUGUAUCAACAUUAUUACAUCAGUGUGUUAAUAAUAAGAGUUAUUAUCCAUAUUGCUAUGAUUAUGAGUCUACUUUGAUAUUUUUCUUAUUCAAUAAAUCUAUGAUGAGAUUGUACUAACCUUGGGUUAUAUUAGUAAAAAAAAAAGUAGAAUGAAAUAUCUAUAUUUUCAAUGUUUAAUCAAUCUCUUAUUCAUAUGGAAAUAUGUUAAAUGUAUAAAUUAUGAUUUUCAAAGAUAUCCAUUUCCAAUUGACGAUGAUAAUCUACAAAAUGAGUUAAUUGAACAAAAUAAUUUUCUGAUUGGUUUCGACGAAUCAUGGCCAUCAAUAAAUGUGAAUGACUAUUUAGGAGUGGUAUCCUCUAUUAAAGCAACCGACCAAUCAGCGUCGAAUGUAUACGUUUUACAUCGUGGUGAUCGAGUAUGGGAUAAAAAUACUUUUGAUCAAGAAAAUAAUUAUCGUCUUAAUAAAUCGAAACCUAUAGAAAAAGGAGUGCUAGUACAGAUUUUUAAUGGAGAAAUUGCAAACACCUAUUUUCCUUUCAAAUUCUUUCUUCCUCACGGAUUGACUAUUGAUCCAAAUGGAAAUUUCUGGAUUACAGAUUUAGCUUUGCAUCAAGUUUUUAAAUUCUCUCUAAAUUUAUCAAAUGAACCAUUAUUAACACUUGGUGAGCGUUUCAAACCUGGUUCAGGUGAAAAUCAAUUUUGUAAACCAACUGAUGUAGUAGUUUCUUCAAAUGGACUGGUUUUCAUCUCUGAUGGAUAUUGCAAUAAUCGUAUAAUGAAAUUUAAUGAAAAUGGAAAAUUUCUAAAAUCUUGGGGUUACGAAACAAAAGAUUCAAAAUCUCCAGGACCAAAUGAAUUAAAUCUUCCACAUCAAUUAACAUUAUUGGAAGAAGAAGACGCGAUCUGUGUAGCAGAUAGAGAAAAUAAACGUAUUGUAUGUUAUACAGCUGGUUUAUAUUCAACAACAUUACAGAAUACUGGUGAAUAUUUAUUUGAAUAUAAUCAACCAGAGAUGAGAUCUAUUUAUGGUGUAGCUAUUGAAUCAUCAAGAAAAUUAAUGUUUGCUCUAGUGGGUUCAACACCUGAUGAAGAUAAUUCAAAAGUGGAAAUUAUCGAUUUCAAUUCACAAGAUUUGAUUGGUGAAAUCAGAAAUGAAGGAAAAACAGGAUUCGGUGAUGUACAUUCCAUUGCAACAUGUCCAUCAUAUGGAAGAAAUAGAAAAAGUUGUGUAUUAUUUUGUAAUACAAAUUUACCAUCACAAUUGAAAUCAAUAAAUAAUACUGUAAACAAUAAAAAUAUCUCGAAUUAUGAAAAUUAUCCAAAUCAAGAACAAUUAGAACGACAUUUAUGGCUUUAUCAUUUACAAUUUAAUUCAGAAUAUAAUUAUUAUUAAAUAAUAAAUAAAAUAAUCAUAACAUUCAAUAAAUCAAUCUGAAAAUAUUAUAUUAUUGAAUAAAAUAAUAAUGAUAAUUAACA